AUGCUCUCGUCGCCUCGACACUUUUUGUCCUACCCAUGGGGGCAGAUUUGCUUCUCGCCGGAUGACCCAGACGUCGUUGCUGACUCAGUGACUGAUGUGGUGCUUCAAGGUAUGGAACUCUUUAUUCCGUUCUCUGCAGUGCCCAUUGGUGGCAAGUUGCAGCCUUGGUUUGGUCGCUCCUGUAAUUUGGCAUUACGCCGAAAGCGGGAAUACUACCAGGCUUGGGCUGACGCUUCGACGUCUAGUGAUGUAAAAACCAGCGCUUUAAAAAAGAAGUAUAACUCUGCCUCUAGGUCCUUCAAAAGUGUUAUUGCUAAGGCGAAAUCGGAACACAUUGGCAGAAUUGGCGAGAGAUUGGCGCGUCUCCCAACGGGAACACGUGCGUUUUGGUCUCUCGCCAAAGCUGUCUUGGGAAAUUUCUGUACGCCUUCUUUUUCACCCCUGCACACGGAGGAUGACUCGCUGGCCCAUGCCGCGAAGGAGAAAGCCGAUCUUCUGGGCUCUCUCUUCGCGUCCAACUCGACUUUGGAUGACCGAGGAAAAUUACUACCUGUUGGUAGUCCCGCGUUGCGAUGCUACGAUGCC